AUGAGAACUCGAUUAGGUGAAUUGGAUGAAGCGCCUCCGCUUGCGGUACUUCCUAUAUAUUCGCAGUUACCUAGUGAUCUACAGGCGAAGAUAUUCCAUCGUGCACCAGGAGGAAUGCGAAAAUGCAUAGUUGCCACCAAUAUUGCUGAGACUUCCUUGACCGUAGAUGGAAUUCUGUUUGUCAUAGACCCAGGUUUCUGCAAAAUGAAAGUCUACAACCCGAGGAUUGGUAUGGAUGCGCUUCAGAUCUUCCCCGUCUCGCAAGCCUCUGCCAAUCAGAGAUCAGGUCGUGCCGGUCGUACUGGACCUGGUCAAUGCUUCCGCUUGUACACGGAAAGGCAAUUUAAGGAGGAAAUGCUUGUCUCAACAGUCCCUGAAAUCCAGCGUACGAAUCUCUCAAAUGUGGUUUUACUGCUGAAAUCUCUCGGUGUUGAUGAUCUUCUCAAAUUCCAUUUCAUGGACGCACCGCCACAAGAUAACAUGCUAAAUUCCAUGUACCAGCUUUGGACAUUGGGAGCACUUGAUAACACUGGACGUCUUACUGAUUUGGGAAGAACAAUGGUUGAGUUUCCGUUGGAUCCGACCUUGUCAAAAAUGCUGAUUGUAUCGGAGGGAAUGGGCUGCAGUGAGGAGGUACUUACCAUCGUUUCUAUGUUGUCUGUACCUGCAAUAUUUUUCCGACCGAAAGGCAGGGAAGAUGAAGCCGAUGCUAAGAAAGAAAAAUUCCAGGUUCCCGAAUCCGACCACUUGACGUUUUUGAAUGUGUACCUGCAG